GGGAGAGAGAUGGGGAAUUGCCAAGCGGCGGAGGCGGCGACGGUGGUGAUCCAACACCCGGGAGGCAGAGUGGAGAGAGCGUAUUGGUCCCUCACAGCCAGCCAAGUCAUGGCCGCCAACCCGGGUCACUACGUGGCCGUCAUCAUCGUCGCGCCUCCUACUUCAGCGCUGAAUUCCGCCGCCGCCUCCUCCUCCGCUUGUCAUGACAGCGGCGGUGGCCGCGGCGCGAGGGUGAAACACCUCAGGCUGCUCCGUGCUAACGACACGCUCCACAUCGGCCAUGUCUACCGCCUCGUCAGCUUCCAAGACGUACCGAGGGAGUUUGCGUCGAAGAGGCACGUCAGGCUGAGUCGCCUGCUCGCGAAACCGACGGAGAUGACGUCCCCCAGUUCCACUAGAGGAAACGGCAGCGGCCCCGCCUCUGCCGGAGGCCGGCGGCAUCAGUCACGUCGAGUGUUCGAGCCCGUCGGGUCACCGGCGACAGUAUGUUUUUCUUGCCCUUCACUGAUUUCUUCACCGGCAAGCUUUCUUGUUCUUCCUUUUACGACGUGAGUGAAGGUGGAGGAGGAAGCAAAAGCGGCUACAGAGCUGGAGGAGGUGGUGCGCGGGAUGAUGGCGG